ACGUGUCCCAUUGCCAAGUCAUCAUCUCUCUCCUCCCGUGUCCAAAAUAAACCCCUUUCCUUCUUUCCCUGUUAUUUUUUCAUUCAAUAUAUUUUUCUAGGGCACAAAAAUCGAUCAAUUUCAGUGAAGCAGCCAUGAAUAUCUUCCGAUUCGCCGGCGACAUGACUCAUUUGAUCAGUAUUCUCGUUCUUCUCCUCAAAAUCUACGCCACCAAAUCAUGCGCAGGGAUUUCGCUGAAGACUCAGGAGUUGUAUGCUUUGGUGUUUGUGACUCGGUACCUUGAUUUGUUCACGGAUUUCAUCUCAGUGUAUAAUUCUGUGAUGAAAGUGGUGUUUAUCUUGACCUCAUCGGCCAUUGUUUGGUGCAUGCGACGGCAUCGGAUUGUUAAGCGCUCCUAUGAUCAAGCACUGGACACGUUUCGCCAUCUAUUUUUGGUGUUGGGGUGCUUGGUGUUGGCAUUAAUAGUUCACGACAAAUUCACUUUCCAGGAGGUCUUUUGGGCAUUCUCUAUAUACUUGGAGGCUGUAGCUAUCCUUCCGCAGCUGGUUCUUUUGCAAAGAAGUGGAAAUGUGGACAAUUUGACUGGUCAAUAUGUUUUCUUUCUUGGGGCCUAUAGAGCAUUCUACAUUCUCAACUGGAUUUACCGUUAUCUUACAGAGCAACAUUUCAGGCUUUGGAUAUCUUGCAUUUCCGGUCUUGUCCAAACUGCCUUGUAUGCUGAUUUCUUCUACUAUUACUAUAUCAGUUGGAAAAACAACUCUAAGCUUCAACUGCCAUCGUAAGAUGACCAAGGGUGUGAUGGAAGCUCAAAUGUCGCCGUCCUUACACCGUCUGACAUGCAUUUAUAUUGGUUUUGCUGAUGUUUUAUGGAGUUGUAAUCUCAGUGAUACAACAGCUGGGUAGAAGUUAGUUUUGAGCACACAUGAACUUACCUUUGCUCAGAAUCUUUGACUGAAUACCCAUGGUCAUAUUAGAUAGGUAUAGUUGACUGGGUCAAACCUUAUAACAUGUAAAAACACUAUUAAAAGCUCAAAAUGUUUAUUGUCAUA